AAAGUUCUGGUCGUGGGGCGCUCCAUCACUUGCCCCUUAUAUAAGACUUGGAAUUUCACUCCAACACCAAUUCAAUCCACACCCAAAAUCUCUCUGCAAGCAAUUCACACCCAUCUUCUUCAUCAUCUUCUUCUUCUUCUUCUUCUUCUUCUUCUUCUUCUUCCAUGGCUACUUGCGUAGAUUCCUCAACCUCCUCCCCUUUUUCUCGGAAGCCAAACGGGUCCCAAACCGAUGAUCGUUCCUAUAACUACCUCAAAUUCUGCCGACCCACUUUCUCCGAUCGUGUUUCCAUUCCCAAGAACAAACCCCUGCAUACACGCACGGUUAUUGAAGAGUCUGACCCUAAGGUUGAUGUUGACGAUCGUGUUCAUGUUCAUGUUCAUGAUGAAGAUGAAGAUGCUGAUGAUGAUGAUGAUGAUCUAUGGCGGAAGAUGAAGGAAGAAGCGAAAUCCGAUGUGGAACAAGAACCUAUUUUAUCCAACUACUAUUUCAGUUCAAUAUUGUGCCACAAGUCUUUAGAAAGCGCGUUAUCCAAUCAUCUUUCCAACAAAUUAUCCAGCUUGAAUCUCAACAGCACCACUCUCGUUAAUCUCUUAGGAAGAAAAAUUCUAGCCCUCUUGAUUCAGAACCGCGUAUCCGAGGUUUUCGCGGUCGAUAUUCACCCUGGCGCGAACAUCGGCCGCGGAAUCCUUCUGGAUCACGCGACUGGCCUCGUGGUAGGCGAGACCGCCGUUAUUGGGAACAAUGUGUCCAUUUUGCACAACGUCACGUUAGGUGGGACCGGAAAAGCUUCCGGCGACCGGCAUCCGAAGAUCGGUGACGGGGUUUUGAUAGGUGCAGGGACUUGUAUCUUAGGGAAUAUUAAGAUUGGUGAUGGUGCUAAGAUUGGUGCUGGUUCAGUGGUGUUGAAGGAUGUUCCUCCAAGAACAACUGCAGUUGGGAACCCUGCUAGAUUGAUUGGAGGAAAAGAUAAUCCCAUUAGGCUUGAUAAGAUUCCUAGCUUCACUAUGGACCAUACUUCAUAUAUUUCUGAGUGGUCUGAUUAUGUUAUUUAGAUUAUGAUUAUGAUUAUGAUGAAGAUCAUAAUAAUAAUAAUAAUAAUAACCAUCCUAGUUUUAGAUUUUAGGGUCCUUUUGAUUUGGUUUGGGGGGUUUCCUAUUCCUGCCUUUUGGGUAUUUUGUUAUACAAGAGAGAAUCUAAGUUCUCCUGUUAACAAAUAACAACAUAUAUAUUAUUGUUGAAGAUUGUGCAGAAAAAGAAUAGCUGCUAUGCUGCAACUUGUGUGUAGCAGUUUUAUUUUAUAUGUAUGAUGAUGAUGUAGUACUAGUACUGGUUUUCUGUUGUUGUAAGGUGCAAUUAGGAACACCCUUUUAUGUAGUAUAUAUGAAUAUGAAUAUGAAUAUGAAUGACUCUGGCUUCCCUUCC